AUGGAGCAUGAAGUUAUGAAUGAAGACGAUGGAGAUUCCUAUGAACUUUCAAACCAAAUUGAAGAAGAUGGAGAUGAGAAUAUGGAGGAUGAAGAAGAUUUAUUUGGAGCUGAUAAGCAUGCAUGUGAAGAGUUGAUGAAAAAUGGGCCUCAAUCUGGUUUAGAGUUUGAAAGUAGAGAACGGAUCUUUGCAACAUAUCAAGCUUUUGCGAAGGACAACGGCAAUUGGAAGAUUUCAACAUUUUGCAAUGAGCAUAACCACGAUCUAGAGCCACAACUUUCUGAAUUUAUGCCGGCACAUAGGCACCUGACAACUCAUUUGAAGGUCCUUUUAGAGGCAUAUGACCGUGCAGGAUCAAGGUUAUGUAAGAGUGUAAGAACGAUGGAAGUUCUUGCCGGCGGGCCAUCUAAUUUAGGAGCUUCGACGAGAGAUUGCAGAAAUCAUGUUGACAAAAUGCGGAGGCUAAGACUAGGAGAUGGAGAUGCUAAUGCCAUUCAAAAGAUGUUUAAGAGGCUGCAGCAAAAUGAUAGAGACUUCUUUUAUCUGAUCGAUAUUGGUGAUGAUUCUAGACUUCGCCAUGUCAUGUGGAUUCAUCCGCGGAGUAGGGCUGCAUACCAGGAUUUCCACGACGUCGUGAGCUUUGACACGACUUAUCUCGUCAAUCAAUACAAUAUGCCUUUUGGAACUGUUGUGGGGGUUAAUCAUCACCACCACUCCAUUCUAUUAGGAUGUUGUCUAUUGAGCGACGAGCGUGCAGAAUCAUUCAAAUGGUUCUUUAGUAAUUGGCUGGACGCAAUGGGAGGUGUUCAACCGACGGCAAUUUUGAGUGAUCAAGAUGAAAGCAUUACGAUCGCAUUGAGAGAAGUAUUGCCUGACAGUAUCCACCGCUUCUGUUUGUGGCAUAUUGUUUCGAAGAGCUCCAAGAAAUUCAGAGGUAUCGCUAAUUUUGAAAUGGCUUGUUUAGAUUUCAAUCGAGUGAUACAUGGCAGUUUUAGUAUUCCGGAAUUUGAAAAUAAUUGGCUCGAUUUUCAAGUUAAGUAUAACUUACAUGAAAAUAGUUGGAUAAAAAACUUAUAUGAAAUAAGGCAAAGUUGGGUGCCAGUAUACUCAAAGCACAUCUUUUGGGCUGGCAUGAUGUCGACUCAAAGAAGUGAGUCAAUGCAUGCAUUCUUCGAUAAUUACAUCAAUUCGAGGAGUACUUUGAAAAUCUUUGUUGAGCAAUAUGAGAUUUGUAUCGUCGAUAAGAUUCGAAAAGAGCUUCAAGCUGAAUAUUCGACGAAGUGCAGGCCUAUCACUUGUGUGUCAGAGUUUAAGUGGGAAUCACAAUUUGCUAAGGUAUACACUAAUAAUAUCAUGGAGCUUCUUCAGAAACAAGUGAAAAAGAUUUGGAAUUGCAAUCUCAUUUUGUUGGAGUCAGAUAGUAGCUCAAUGGAUAGAUAUGAUAUUACUGAGACACGUACAUCGAGCAAGUAUCCCUCUCCCAACGAGCUACAUUUCAUGGUUGAGCAUCGGCCUGUUGGGGGCUAUUUUGAUUGCAAUUGCAAGAAAUUCGAGAACAAAGGUAUUUUCUGCUGUCAUAUUGAAGGUUUUGGUAUUCAAAAAAAUUGA